AUGACUCAAACUGAUCUUGUUCAAUUUCUUGGUACAAUUGCUAAAUCAAAUACAUCAGAAUUUUUAAAUAGAGUUCAAGAAGUACAAAAAGAUGGUAAAGAGGGAACAUCAAUGAGUGAUCUUAUUGUUGAACAAUUUAGUGUGGGAUUUUAUUCAAGUUUUCUUGUCGCUGAUAAAGUUGUUAUUGCAUCAAAAAAUAAUGCCGAUGAUCAAUAUAUUUGGGAAUUAGAUUCAGCAUCAUUUAAUGUAUUCAAAGAUCCACGAGAAGGAUCAACUCUCGAAGAAAUUAUUCGUAAAUAUUCAAAAUUUAUUAAUUUUAAUAUCUAUUUAUGGAAAUCAAACACAAUCAAAGAAGAAGUACCGGAUGAUGAUGCUGCUGAUAACAAAAAAACUGAUGAAACUGAAAAGAAAACAGAUGAUGAUGAUGCAGCUGUUGAAGAUGAUAAAGAAGAAGAAAAGAAGGCAAAAACUAAAACAGCCGAUAAAACAGUUUGGGAUUGGGAAUUAAUGAACGAAAGAGCUCCAUUUGAUUUAUUUUCAAAUUAUAAUAAAAAAGCUGAUGCUAUUAAACUUUAUGUUCGUCGUGUAUUCAUUACUGAUAAUUUCGAAGAAAUGAUACCAAAAUAUUUACCAUUUAUUCGAGGUGUUAUUGAUAGUGAUGAUUUACCAUUGAAUGUUUCACGUGAAAUCUUACAACAAUCAAAAUUACUUAAAGUUAUCAAGAAAAAAACUUUUUCAUUCUGGAAAGAAUAUGGUACAAAUAUAAAACGAGGUGUUAUUGAAGAUUCAGCAAAUUGUACACGUUUAGCUAAAUUACUUCGUUAUGCAACAUCAUUAUCAGGUGAUAAACAAAUAAGUCUAUCACAAUAUGUUAAAUGUAUGAAGCUAAAACAAGAACAUAUUUAUUUUAUUGCUGCUAUGUCAAUUGAUGAAGCACAAAAAUCACCAUUUGUUGAACGUAUCCCAGGUCAAUGA